AUCGCCUAAUGGCGAAGGUGGGGGAGAAGGCGUGAAUGACGAAAAUACUGGGAGGAGAAAGAGGGAGCAGAAAGCAUCAAAAACAGCCCGCAAACAUCGGUCCUACUCUAGCUUCAGUUUAAUCUCAGCCGGAUGUGCAAGACUUUUCUUAAAGUAGACUUUAAACAUGCUAAUGGACCUCUUGAAAUUUUGGAGGAUUUUUUAGAAUUUUUCCGAAGUGCUGAGUUGACCGAGCAGGUUAAAAGUUAAGGUGGAUUCAGAAAAUAAGGUCUGAUGUGGAGCAGUAAAGUUAAGGACGUGCUCUAAGAUAUGUGACAGACAGCCAUGGGAGUGAAGAAACAGUGGCUUGAGGCUUUAGUCACCACCACUCUCACCAUUUGUCUGCCUUGUGUCUCAACAACAACAUUUUUAUCAUCGGUUCGUGCCAAAGAGGGUGGUUCUGUAGAACUAGGUUGCAGCCUCCCUCCCGACACCAAAGAAAACUCCACCCCAAACCUCUUCCCUCUGGUAGAGUGGGUGCGUCAGGAUUAUGAUGUUCCCAUCCUAAUCAAUCUUAGAUUGUACCUGAGAGUUCAUCCAAACUAUAAAGGUCGUGUGUCUCUAACCCAGAACGCCUCCCUGCUGGUAGAGCGACUAACUCAGGAGGAUGAAGGCUGGUUUAAGUGCAAUAUCUUUGGCAUGGACAGAAAUACAGACGACUUUCAUAAUACAACAUGGACCUGGCUCUCCAUCACAGCUCCACCUGUGUUUAUCAACCCCCCCCCAACAUUUGUGGAAGUUCUGCUGGGAGACUCGCUGACUCUGAGCUGUGGAGCCCACGGUAACCCACGGCCCACUGUUGUCUGGCAUAAAGACAACAGUCCAAUCCAGAAACAUGAGAAAAUAAAACUGCUCAGUGGAACCUUGUCUUUGGCCUCUGUCACAAGAAAUACUUCAGGAGUGUAUAUAUGUCACGUGUCCAACUCAGUGGGGAACCUGACCCACUCACUGCAGCUGCAGGUCAAAGGUCCCCCUGUUAUUACCAUUUCUCCAGAAGACACCACUCUGAACAUUUCCCAGGAUGCACUUUUGCAUUGCCAAGCUGAUGCCUACCCUUCCAACCUGUCUUAUGAAUGGCUGAAACAAGGACAGAAUGUUUACCGUGUUAAAUCUUUAAAGUCAAGAGUUAAGAUUUUGGUGGAUGGAACACUUUUCAUCCCCAAUUUAAUUCCGGAAGAUGCUGGCUACUAUACCUGUAUCCCAACUAAUGGGAUAUUGACUCCGCCCUCUGCCUCUGCACAUCUAAGUGUUAAAUAUCCUGCACGUGUUAGAAACAUGCCCAGAGAAAUGUAUCUACCGGCAGGACUGGAGGGAGCCAUCGUCUGCCCUUUCCAGGCUGAUCCACCUGUCCUGUAUGUUAAUUGGACCAAGGAUGGACACAGUUUGGAUCUUGACCAGUUCCCAGGCUGGAUGGUGAACUCAGAAGGCUCUAUAUUCAUAACAACAGUCAACGACAAUGCAGUGGGCGUGUACACCUGCACAGCCUUCAACAGCUAUGGUACCAUGGGUCAGUCAGAACCUACACAAGUCCUUCUUCAGGAUCCACCUUUGUUCACUGUCACUCCUGAACCAGAGUAUUUCAAGGAAGUAGGCAGAGCAUUGACGAUACCCUGUGAAGCCAGUGGAGACCCCACCCCAAACAUCACAUGGAGCAAGAUUGGUCCAGUCCCUCAGCCUCCCUAUACUGUGUUGGCUGACCACUCUCUGCUGCUGCAGCCACUCAACAAAGAUCAUCAUGGAGGCUGGGAGUGUCUGGCCUCUAACCGUGUAGCUACUGUCAGUGCAGGAACCUUGGUCAAGGUACUAGGCACCAGUCCUCAUACUGUAUCAUCAGUGUAUGUUGCCACAGACAUCAACCAGGCAAAUGUGUCCUGGAUCUCAGGCUUUGAUGGUGGAUUCACACAGAAGUUCACAGUAUGGUUUAAGCAGGAAUCUCGCCGAGAACAUGAAUGGGUAUCGUUGCCUGUUCCCACUUCAAAAAACAACCUUCUUGUGACUGGACUCCUCGGUGGAACUAGUUACCAGUUCUGUAUUCUACCUCAGAAUAAACUGGGCAGCGGACCCUUCAGUGAAAUCCUUACUGUGAGAACUAAAGUUGUACCACCAGAAGAACCAACAGCUGUCCUGAUUCUCCCAGUUCUGGCACCUCCCACUCUACUAGCAGUAAACUGGAUAGAGAAAGGCCUCCUCCUCCUGUGGUCGCCUCCAGAAGAUCCAUCCACUACACUGACAGAUUAUGUACUGGAAGCUCGCAGCGAUCAGGGCCAGUGGAAAGUCCUCAGUAGCAACAUAAGGAUCAAUCAGAGUGAACUGCUCAUCCAAGGCUUGCUAAGGGACUCUAGUUAUGAGUUCAGACUGAUGUCACGCAGCAACAAAAUACUCAGUGAUCCCAGUAAUAUUCUAAGUGUAUCCACAAACGUGACAGGCAUGGAGGUGUAUUCUAAGUGGCCCGGUUUCCUGGGGGUCAUUCCUCGGCCCCUGCUGGCCGGUGUGUUAGGCGGACUGUGCUUCUUGUUUUUCACCAUCAUCCUGUCGUUGGUGACAGCCUGCUACAUGGCCCAGCGACGACGGCUACGGAGAAAGAGGAGACAAGGUCUGCCACCUGGCUUUCAGAGGAACUGGUCUUCACACACUCGUCCUCCUCGGAGCCCAAACAGUAUCCUAAAUCUGAAGCUUUGUCCGACUUUCUCAUUUUCCCCCAUCUCUUCCGCCUCACAGUCCGAUAGCUCCUCCUUUGAAACAGACAGUCGUGGAGAAUACCACGACCAGAAGCGGAAGCAACUUUUGUCCAGCUCUCCACCACUUCACUACACACUCUUUGAGAGUCACCUGGGUUCACAGGACACUUCACCCUCUAUGCGGGAUUCCAUUUCUAGAGGACCAGAUGGACGCUUCACAGUCCAACCACAGCCUGAGCCUUCCAGCCCAUCUAAUGAUAAAAACCUAACGCAAAGUAAGGGUGUGACGAAAGGUUCAGGCAGCAUCCAGACAUCUUUACAAGAUUCUCCUAAGUCCAGCCUGUUGAGCUCAGAGAAGGAUGAGAGGAAGGAUUCAUCUCUUAUUGUGAACAGCCCAGUGCUCAGUAGACCUUCCUGUUCUCCUGGCAGAAUUCAGGCCAUGGCUAGGAACUUUUCCCGUCACGGCUGUUUUUACUCUGACGAAGAACAAAGCCCUGAGGCUCUACUGAAAAGAGCAAGCAUUUAUUCAGACAGCAGUGAGAAGAAACCAAAUGAUCCAGACAGAUAUCACGUGUCUGGAAACACUGAAAUUGUUAUUCCUUGUUUGGACAAGAGAUCAAAGUUUUUAUUUAGAGACAGACACCAACUCCAACAUUUAGACUAUCAGUCAGAGGGAAGUGGGCUGAUCGACAACAGCACCCUGGUUACACAAGUGGACUGUGAGCCAGAGAGGGAUGGCUUUAACACAAGUGUUAAACUGUCAAAAGAGAGGGAAACACCAGAUAAGAGCUACUCAGCUGAUCAACAAAAAUAUAGAAGUGAAAAAGAUGAGGACACAUCUUCAACAACGGAAAAUCUUCAGAUGGAUGUACCUGAGACAAAGGAAGAGCCGAUGUGGAGGCCCCAAGAUGUAACAAUCAGACAGAAACACAGGGCUUCGGGUCAGGCCAGUCGGUUGUCUGACUAUCGGAGGGGGUGUUACUUUUGGAACACCAGCAGUCCCAUGGACAGAACUUCAUCAUCUCAUAUAAACUGGGAUAUUAGUCCUGUGACUUCUGUUAAAAAAAUCAUUCCUGUUCAAAGUCUCAGAGAAAUCACAUCACCCAACUCUACAGACUCUCUUGUUGCAAAUUCAUCCCGUUCUCCUCCCACCAGUAACACCGUUUUGUCUGCAGAUAUCUCCUCAAAAAGUGCUCCAAAUCCAGACAGAGCCAGGUCUUUGAGUCCACAGUCGGAUGCUAACAGAAGUUCUGCAACUGAGCAGGCCACUGGCAUUUUUCCAAGAUCCAGGCACUCUUAUGCUUAUGGAGGCUUACAGGACUGGAAAGAAACAUUCAAAGGUCUUGCAGACAUCGGUGAGAAGACCGACAAUUCUGUUUCAGCACAUCAAAUUUUUCCAGAGAGACUGGAAGUGCAUACUGCCACAAAGGACUCGAGUCCCUCAAGUAGUUCUACUUUACCUUAUGAACACCACGAUAUAGGGGCGAAGCCCAAACACAGGGACGUUCAGGGGAAAAGUGACUUCCGGACUUCUGGAGUUUACACAGAGUUAGAAAGAGAGAAUGUCCGUAAACAAUCCAGGAAGAGCAACAAAUUUAUUUUUUCAGACAGUCCCAGUCCCGUUUCAUCUUUAACGCUUGUAGAAGAGGUGGAGAGCCCUCAGUCUAAUUUAUCUGUUACCCCAAUGUCUGAGUCUUCUAAAGUCAAAGCUGCAGCUCCUCCUGCCAAAAUGUCUCCUCUGCAGACAAGUACCAUUGUGGAGUACAUGAGCAUUCCUAGUUUCAAUGAAAUGAGUGUGGAAAAACCAGUGGAAAAAGCUGAAAUCCCAGACACUGCUGGACAAAAAUCAGCAACCAAACCAGGAAAACCUCUUUCUAAGCCAGAUGUAGUUCCCAGGAACUGGGAGGUUCGGGCUGAGGAGGACCAGGAAACUGUCUCUGUCAAUAAAGAGAUUUGCCUUGAAGAAAACUAUGCUCGAAGCAAAAAAGGCUAUAAAUAUCCUCUCCAUGUAGAACAUAGAGACUCUGCACACAGAGUUAGAUUUCCAGAUGAGAGAAGAUCUUCCUCACCCAGUCCAGAGAAAGCAAGCAAGCAGCUCUAUGAUGAGAAAAGACAAAUUAGAGGCUGGAGUAAGGACUCUGACAGACCGGGAUCAAGACUUGGAUGCGCGUUACCUUGUAACUUGCUCAAUGCAGUGAGAGGUGUGGCAGAUAUAGCAUCAAAACAGUCCUUGGGUUUUGUAGACAGAGAUGAGUCUUCGUCAAAGCAACCCCAAAGACGAACUUCUCAGAGCAGCAGAACUAACAAUGUUGCUUCACGGAUAAAUCAGGUCCCAGUUCCUAUUCUGAAGAAAUCAAUGAGUUUUGGACCCUGUAGGCCUGUGUCAGGGAUGAGUCAGCCUCUCCCUUUUUUGAAGAAAUCUAUUAGUUUGGGCGCGCAGAGAUGCCAGCCCUUUGAAAUACCAAGGACUUAUGUUUCCGAGAAGUGCUACCGGGAUGAGUUCCCAUACCCAGAUAUUAGGAUGAAGUCCUCAAGCCGCACCCCUUCUCCUGUCCCUAGACCAGGUCAUUCUUGGAGGGACUAUGUCCCGUUCAGACAGCCUAGCAUUGAUGGCUUAGAGAGACCUUCACACACAUACAGACCUUUACUCAGUCCAUCCUACCACUCUCCUGUCAUGUACCCCCCCAGACCAUUCUCUGUUUCACCGACCCUGGAACCUGUUGAUCCACAUCGGCAGGCCACCAUUUUUCUUGACUCCUCCCGGUGUUCUCCGCCUUAUGAAGAGACUCUGAGGUCAGCACAGUACAAGUAUCUGCAUUUACCCUCCCAUAUUCCUGUCCAAUUGCACCAACAGUCGUCAGGUUACAGAGGAGAAAACACCAGACCCAUGGAACCAAGAAGAGGUCCUCCCAGAUCUUACCUACCUCGGGGAAUUAGCUGCCCUUCCUCUCAUUACUCCUCCCCCUACCUGUCCAGAGAAGGAGAUGGUUACAGACAUACAGAGAGGAUAUCAUGUAGGGGAGGAGAGACUGAGAUCAGGUCAGGAGGGAGGACCAGUUUUGCCAGUCAGAGCAGUGGUAGAGGCAGUGCUGGUUUGUACCAGCGCUCACUGUCAAUCACUCCAACUCUGCUCAGCUCCCCUGAAACCACAGAUGAGAGCAAGCGACACCAAGUGGAACUGGAGCUGCUGGAGAUAAGAGGGAAAAGAAGGAAAACAUCAGUAGAUGAGAGUUAUGAAUGGGACUCAGCUGAUGCCUGUGGGGAACCAGAGGUCCUGGACACCACAAGGACUAAUUGCUGCCGAAUGAGCUUGCAAAGACAACAGAGCAAACUCACACCUGAUCAGUUCACAGGUGUCCAGGACCAGCGACAGAAAGGCCCAUCUCCCUCACUAAGUCCUCCUCCACUUGCCAACCCGCCACAACGCCACUUCAGUCGUUCUCUCAGUGACGCACGCUUCAACGCUCUACGUCAGGAGUACAAUGAGUACCGGCGUGCUCAGGAAUACAGCAGUCCCCAUGAACCCUGUCUCACCACCGCCUAUGAUUCAGACUCUGACGCCUCCUCUGUGCUGCUGUAGCAGCUGAACGCGAUCUGUGAUCCACCACAGGAGAAGCAUUUUUAAAUGUAGAGGUGACAACAACGCAUAGUGAAGGUCAAUGAGGACCAAAGGUCUGUCUCAUCAAAUAGUACUGCUGAGAUUUUUGUAUUUUUUUUGUUCAGAGUACAAAAUAAGUACACAAAAAACAAGCUACUGUAUUAAUUUAUUAUUUUGUUAGUGCAAAACUCCUGUGCCUGUUCUUCUUUUUUGUUCAUUUUAAACUAUGACAAUCAGACACUAGGGGGCAGUACCUGACGCCAUUUUCCUUUUCAAAAUAUCAGCAUCUUUUUGUAGCAGAAAAAUGGUAAAGAAAAAGAGUUCUAGGUUUAAAGUGUGUGUUUGUGUUUCCACCAAGCUAAGAUUCCAGUGAAUGUUGACAGUCAUUUAGUGUGACAAGUAAAAACGUUCCAUCAAGUUCUCAACAAGCACUGCACUUUCUUCACUGCUCAUCAGUCAAUUGUCAUUUAAGUAAAUAGUCCCAUUUCUUCACGAAGUUCCUGAUUUCAGCUAAGUUAGUCUAGGGCUUCAAAAAUAGUUCCACUGCUUUCAUUUUGAUCUGUGUUUUGAAGUUGGUAGAUAGCAUCAGACCUGUAGAAAAUGGACAUAAAUCCUGGGACUGUUUUUUGUUGCUGUUCUAGAUAGACUGUUAGUUUCUUUUUGGUGGGGGGCAGAGGGGAGGUACACACAGUGCUACGUUUUUGGUACAUUUUUAAGUUCCUGGUAAUUAAUCUUCCAGAGAGACAGAUUUCCCCAAAAGACCUUAAAUGGUUGGUCUUAGUCUCAUAAAAACAGUGUUUAAAUCACAGAAGAAGAAGAGAAAAGAAGAAACUUCUUUUUACCCGUUUCUCCUCUGUCUUCUCUCUGUACUGCAGGAAUAUGAACUGUCUGUAGUAUAAAAGAGUUUUUUUUAUUAAAGACUUUUAAUGUUCAACCUAGACAGGGUGGUCCUUUUAUCAGGUUGCCUCAUGUCGCCCCCUAGUGUUUGUUCAAAGUGUACAAAUGUUUAUAUUAACGUUCCGGUACAUUUCUUUACAUCAUUUCAUCACUUCUGACCACAUGGAUAUGUAAGACUUGUAAAUAAGUGAAUAAUGCCUUUAUUCAAUUAUUAUUAUUAUAAAUAUAAUUAUAAACACUGGGUUUAUUAAAGCAGUGAUUCUCAAGGUUCAAAACAGUCUUAACAUACUGAAUGAUUAUCUAAUAUCUGUCUUGUGACAGAAUACCUUCAUUAAAGAGACGCUGACUUUAUUUAACAACAAGACAAUAAUACUAAACAAUAUCUGAAGGAGGUGUACUUACAGUAUUUUCAGCAGCAAAUAAUAAGUAUUAGUGCAUACAAGAGAAAUAUUCCGCAGUUUAGUGAAAGUUAUUUCCCGCAACACAUUUUUGGUUUAUGACCCACUGUUUGAGAAACACUGGAUAAGAGGUACGGACUGAAAAAAAAAAGUAUUUAUCACCAAAUAUGAUUGAAAAUAUGAAACAAAGUUUACAUAUCACAUCAGUGUUGUGACUGCAUACUGUGAAUAAAAAAGUCUGUUUUUAAAAAAAUUGUGCUCAUUUAUGUUUGUUUUUUAAUGCUGAGCCUGAUGAGCGGAGAUCGUAGCUUCUUUGUAAAAAGUCUUACUUGAAUGUUUAACACAGAUGAAAUGAACUGAGUUCGUCUCCUUAGUGACUUUUUUUGUAUAAACUGGAUAAACUUUUUUUGUCACCUGUUCUCAUCUUAUACGUGUAUAUGCAUACUAUUUGUAAUGAAAACGUUCUGUUAUUGUUACUGAAACCAACAGCGUAUCUCUGUUUUUUUGUACGGCAAAGGAAAUAAAAGACCAAUAUAUAGUUAUAUCAGCGGUCCCCACCCUUUAAAGGUUGGACUGAUCGGCCGGUAUCAACCGUUACUGCGAACCGGAUGUACCGCGACAAUCGUUGAAGGAUCAUUGCAUUUUCGGAAUAUAACGUCUUUAAGAUUUUACUCUGUGUUGAGGUGUUGUAAAUACAUUUAUUCAAUAUUUACAAAAUAUUCAUUGUAUUACGUUUCGUAUCAAUGUAUAGUGUUAUUGAAUGUUGUUAUUGUGCUGUACUAAAAGGGAAAGUGCUGAAGACAGGUGUGCUGAUGGUUUACAU